CAAGCUGAAUUGUUACGCGUUGUUCUAAUGAAACGAAUAAUUUAACAAAACAGUCAUAUUCGUCGGGUGAAAUCAAAUUUGACCUUCACCGACCACAUUGCUCUGCUGUAAAUAUAGUUCGUUUGUAGACAAGUGAUAAGUCGUAUUGUUUACAACUGCAUAUCGUGAAGGAUCAGUGAAGCUGUUUAAUCAAGUGUGAAUUUGGUGCGAUUUCUUCAACAUUGUCUUGUUUCAUCUGAUAUCGCAUACGUGGUGAGAGUUUGAGUGGUUUAUUUCAAGAUGUUGCUGUGUGUAAUAUAAAAGAAAAUGACCAGAGGAUUCAAGAGGACCAGUGAUACGGCGGUAGUGCCAAAUAUGGUUCCAAAAAAGAGGCAAAGACUGAGGGUAGGAGACCCCGAUUUUGAAUCUCCCGAUUCAGGAUGGGCUUGGCUCAUACUCGUGGCGUGUGGUUUAAGUGGUGCCUUUGGAUUACUCGAAUCGGCAAACGCCCUUGCCAUGAAUACUUACUUCGAUAAGAAAAGAAGAAUAGCUACCGGAUUAUCCUGGACCAUAACCGCAUUCGGUCCAGUCGUUUGUCCUUAUAUUGUGAUAGCCCUGAUGAACAUGUAUGAUAUGGAAGGCACAAUCCUUUUAUUUGGUGGAUUUUCGAUGCAUUCACUUGUUUGCUCGCUUCUCCUGCAGCCAGUCCAUUGGCAUACCAAAUAUAGGGAUGAAAUUGAAGCCAGUCGCAAAGAAUCAAAAACGGAAAGCAGAGCCCUCUCCAGAAUCAGUAGCGCUGUGUUCUCAAGUCAGUACUUAGAAAAUGAUACAGGAGCUUUCAGUUCGGAAACGCCGAUGAUGUUGGUUGGUUCGAGACUCUCCUUGACGUCCGACUAUGACAACCGGCCACGAAGAAAGUCUAGCACCAUACCUAAAGUUUCUUCCCAUGCCAACGUGAUAGACCAUGCGCAGGAUUCGGACUUGAAAUCCAGGAAAUCAUCAUUGAUGCAUCAGCACUCGAUGAAAGAGCGGAAAGAAUCAUUAACCAUCAACCAUAUUCAGGAAGAGGAGGAAGUCAAACCUCUUAAGAAUCAAGAAGCCCAGCCAAUGAUUACCGAUAGUGAUGGUGAUGAUGAAGAGGUUGGUUUCUGGAAGGGCCUCUAUUACGAUUUCGAUUUUAAGCUUCUGAAAGACCCGAUUUACGUGAACCUUAUGUUGGGGCUGACGAUGACGAAUUUUGUUGAACUGAACUUUGGACUGUUGACACCGAUGGUCAUGGCGGAAUUUGAUUUUGAGAAGAAUGAGAUCGCUACGUUCAUGUCCUUGUUGGCGGGAACUGAUAUUCUGUGCAGAUUUUUGGUUUCUUUCAUCGCAGAUAAAGUCAAAAUUAGCAACAGAAACUUUUAUCUGCUUGGUAUCUUUGUGAUGCUCGCAGGAAGAAUGGUUUUUAUGCACACCUCGUACAGUCUCUUAGCAGCGGUUAUCAUUGGUAGUGGAAAAGCAUUGAGGACGAUAUUUUUGAUAUUGGUCAUCCCAUCGCACGUGCCAAUCGAGAGGCUUCCCGCCGCCUAUGGUCUUCAGUACGCAUUCAUAGGCCUGUUAGACAUCGUAGUUCAUCCCUACUGUAGUUGGAUAAGAGAAACCGUGGGUAGUUACCUCAUUCAGAUACACAUCCUGAAUGUCCUCACGUAUAUCACAGCUAUAUGCUGGUUAGCAGAGGGAAGAAUUACAAGUUUCCUGAAGAGGAGAAGAGAAAAGAAGAAAGCAGUUAUCCAAACAUAAAGCAUGUGUUCAACAAGUGAUAUUUAUUUACAUGGUAGAUGAUUGAACUGAUUUGUAAUAUUUUUGUUGUGAUGAAAUUCAUUGCAAAUGUAAGAUUUGUUGUUACUUCCAACGAUAUUGUCGAUAUAUCGAGUGACGAUGGAAUAUGCAUCAGUAUUAUUCGUUAGUUUCGAAGACAAUGAUUGAAACUUGGAGAAUGGGACUAUGAAGGGGUUUUUGACAGUAACUAGUAUAGCAGUUCGUUAGCUGGCAGUACACUAUAUGACGUUUUCGAUAUUUUGUGAAGACGCAAUUGGCUACUGGAGUUUUCAACUACUGCUUAUAUAACGUCGGUGUUGCAAGAAAUUGAAAAAGAACAAGGAUACACACCUCAACGCUCAUUUAAAUAAAAGUGCACUGCAGUGUACAAUUUCCAACGCUUUUUCGCUUAUCUGUUUUCUUUUUAACUCAAUUAUAUGAAAAAUGAUUUUUCUCCAUCACACUAUAAAGUUUAUACCAUUAUCGAAUGUUAAGAAUCAUAAUUGUUAUCAAAAGUUGCUCUAAAAAUUCCACUCCAAACACUCGCAGAAACUUUAAAUUAUUGGCCAAUCAAAAACACUGCAAGUUCAUCAAAACUGAAAUGUCUCCACUUCUGACAUAUCGAUUUUACGCAAUUGAAACAAUUUUUGUACUCACUCGAUGUAUUGUCAAAACGAUUGUUGGAUCUUCAUUAUCAUAUGUACAUUGAGCAGCAUAAACAUUUCAAACUGUU